AUGUUCGCUACGGAAUUCUUGAUGAAAUACGCCAAGGGUCAUGAUGAGCUCAUGCCUGUUUCGCAACAAUACAAAAACCCGUUUGGAGGCUGGGGGGCAAGUCUGGUGGAUGGGCUUAGUACGUUGGUGGUGAUGGAGCUCCAUGAGGAGUUUGAGGAAGCUCUACCUGAAUUGGCAAAGAUCAAUUUCACAGUGGACCAAAAAGUCAGCGUGUUCGAAUCAACGAUCCGGUACCUCGGUGGUCUGCUAUCUGCGUACGAGUUGACAAAUCAGAAACACCCAAUACUGCUUCAAAAAGCAGAUGAGCUGGGGCAAGCGCUUCUGCCUGCUUUCGAAACACCUUCAGGCUUACCGCCGCACGAAUGGAAUCCAGUCAAGGGUCUGGCGCCUGGCAAUAAUACCCUUAUUGCUGAAGUCGGCACGCUGCAGUUGGAGCUUUUGACAUUGGCACUGCACACGCAAAACCAGGUUUACGCAGAAAAGGCGCAAAUCAUCACCGACUUUAUUGACAGCGCCGGAUACGAGCAUGGCAUGUACCUUCCCGGACUGUAUCCAAGUGGCUUGCGAGCGGAUAAAGGCCGAUUUACCGACUCCACCUGCAGUUUUGGAGCGAUGGGAGAUAGCGUGUACGAAUACUUUCUAAAGGAGUAUAUCCUUACGGACGGCUCCAUACCGCAAUAUGGGUACCUAUAUACCCGGUCCAUUGACAGCAUGAAGCAUCACAUGCUAAGACAACUGCCAGGGACCGAAUUUCUUUUCUUACCGCCGUACGAUACUCGGUCAGGCCAGGCAAAGAACUUUAUGGAUCAUCUGACAUGUUUUGUUCCGGGCAUGUUGGCUAUGGGCGCUCAGAUCUUUGAUCGACCAGAGGAUAUGGUGAUUGCAAAAGGAUUGUUGGAGACAUGCGUUUACAUGUAUCGCAGCUCAGAGACUGGAUUAUGUCCAGAAACGUGGUUUGCUUCAGACACGGACAAGUAUAAUCCUUUGACAUAUGCCCGUUCAAAGGAUGAAAUUAAACAUUCUCGCGAAUGGUGGUACGCAGAGGGAAAACACUUGAAAGCAUUUAUAUCCUGUAUCGUAUCACCGGAGACCCAAAGUACCAAGAGUAUGGAUGGGAAAUAUUCCAGUCGUUAG